AUGAUAAGUUCUUGUUUGAAGGACAACGAUUUAACAAAAUGGUCGGAAGGCUUAAGAUAUGUACAGUUCAUGAAAAACCGCGUUAUUCAUUCUGGAAUAAAACAAUCGACUUACAGGGCCUUAUUUGGAAUUGAGCCUAGAGUAGAACUUUCGUCUUCAUCUUUGCCGCAAGAAAUAAUAAAUGAUAUUCGGGAUGAAGAUGACCUUAAAAUUAUCGAAGAUGAUUCGAAUGGAGCAGAUAAUGAUGGCGGCGUUGUGAAAAUGGACACACAAAACAUUCAAGUUGCUAGAAAGACGGCGGCGGAAAAUCUUGAAAAGCAAGCUAAAAAAAUGAAAGCUUCUUCGGACAAAUCCUAUCCACCCGCCAAAAUUGGAGACAAUAUUACUAUACCAAUUCCAGACGUAGACAAAGGAGGAGGUGACCUCAGAAACAUCAUUGGGGUUAUUUUUCAGAGAAAUGAUAAGGGCCUUUACAAAUUUGGCACCAAAUAUGGUGUAUUGCAAAAAUUAUAUUGCAGGCGCAGGUUUUUUACUCACUGGGUUGUUAAAGCCCACGUUAAUAAUAUAAUUAAAUGUAAGGAACUGUUUGAAAAAUAG